AAAUCAGUCAGUCACAAACACAACUUUCAUAGUCAAUUUUUCCCCUGAAAUAAAUUAUUCGUUCGGUUUGUUGGCGAAAAAUUGUUAAAAUGCCGAGACACAGGACACUGGUGGACAUUGGCCACCGCAUCAUGAAGCGCUUCCAACAACUGGACCUGGAUGUGGGCGAGGAGUUCAUCAUCUUUGCCGUUCACCUGCUGGCCAGGGAUUUGCGUCGGGGCCUGCUCAAAACAGACCUGGACAAGCCCACUGCCUGUGCCAUUAACGCGUUUGUGAACAGCAUUGUGGAUAGCUACGUGGAUCCCAAGGAUUGCACCAUGGCGAAUAUGAAGAUGGCGUGGGUGAUGAAGAAGGGCGUGACCAUCGACCUGCAGUAUGUCAAAAGCCAGUACGAGGAGAAGUUUCAGAUAGAGCUGCAGGUGCUCAUAGAUGACAUUCUUCAGUACCCGGAAACCUGCAACAAGCUGCAGCUGGACCAGCUCUUCGCGAAGAUGCAGGUUUUCAUCGUGGCCUGCUAUAACUUGGGCUCGCCCAAGAAUCAUGUGCUGCUCAAGCUUACGGCCCAGGCUUUGAAUAGCGUCAUUGGACGCAGUGAUCUGCAGAAUUAUGUUUUGAAGAAGAAAUACCACAGAAUGGAGUAUUUGCAGCGUUUGGCAGCUACGGUGGGCGGGAUCGUAAUCUAUAAUAAUGAUGGCCCAGAUGGAGAUCGGGAGAAUGUGAGAAGUGUGGUUGAUGAUCUUGAAAUGGCCCAAAAGAACACAAAUGCCGCCUUUAGAGCCAGCAUGGAGCAGGCAGUCAAGAUGCGAUCCCUUUGCCAAGCGGCCGUCGAUGAUCUGAUUCAUAUUGACCACAAGGAAGAGACCCUAACCUACGGAGUGCCUUUGGGGCAUAUGGAUCGUCUAAAUCAAUACACCUUGACCUAUUGCAUGAUGCAUCGAUGCUUGACCACCCUGAACGAGAGCUACGAGAGCACUCAGUACCUGGUCGAGGUGGAGCAGAAGCGCUACACCUGCGUGGUGGCCAAGAUAAAUGAUGCGCUCUCAAUGCGCACCGCAAUUGAUUCGGAAUUGAUCUUUCCACACUUUGUAUACUUGUCCCAGGUAUGGGGCAAUCUCAACAACUAUCUUAGUCACAUUGUGGAGCUAAACAAACUGAGGGAGCAGGUGGAGGCGCUGGUUGUCGAUGACUUGAUUACCAUGGCCAAGGACACGAUUAGCGAGCUGCAGGCUUUGAGCCAGCGCAUCAAAAAGCCCAAGAUAUGCGCUUUUGAGGAGAGAAUAGAGGCCGUUAAGGACCUACAGACCGAUGGAAACUUUUGCAACCUGGCCAAGGCAGACAUUAAGGAGUUCUGCUCCUUAGCUCUGACCGUAACCAAUGGCCUGCUGCUGCCGGCACAGGUGACCAGGAAAUUGUGCUCCAAUGUGGAUAUAACCUUUGGCUUUCGGGAUCCCAGAUAUGCUAGGUUUGCCGAGCUUCGUUUCGAACCCUUUAUCGCCGGCCUCCGAAGGGUUAUCUUCAACAGUGCCAAUCUGGCGCUGCUUUUCAAGCUAGAUGAUGAUCUCAUAGCCCAGGAGCUGCAGGAUCUGAUCGUCGAGCCCCCAAAACAAAGUGAUUUCAAUGGGCAAACGGAGAUGGUCAUCACCAACGACCUGACGCCAUCCAACUGGAUCAAUGUCACGUGGAAUGCGUGGGACUACCACAGGGAGACCAUACACUUGGCCAACAUACGCCAGCGGCAGACGCACGACACGCAGACCAAGGUCAGCUACGGGCAGCGAAACGCCCAGAAUCAAACCUACAACACUCGACAGCACAUGUGAGGCAUACAAUUUCAACUCACCGCC